AGCAGGCGGGGUCGGGUGUGGCGCGGGGCGGGCCUGAAAGUAGUGGCGGCACCGGAUCCGCCCCGCCCCCAGCACCGAUUUAGCCUCGCAGGGCUUCGUGGGGCUUCUCGGCGUCCUCUUUCCCCUUUUCUCCCGCCGGCUGCUCUCUGGACCCGGAACUACCCGAGGAGUGUGCCUGCCGGGAGGCUCGGCUGACAGCUGCGAGCUGAGCGCUGCCCCCAGUGGGAGGAGCCUGGGUGUGUCCAAGAAGUGACAAGGCGAUUGUCUAAUUGUCCUCGGAGCUCAAAUCAGAGAAUUGUUUAAUUUUAUCAUCAAACUUCUCAUAGCGUGUAGAUAUUAUAGACCUGGUUUACCAAGUGCUAGAUGCACUGGACCAACUUCCUGAACAUCAACUCUAGGAGGUGGUGGAUAUUUGUGUCCCUUAUAGGUUUACAUAUAGACCGCCAGAAAAAUUCUAAAGCGCUUGGGGAAAAAAUUGGAAUCAAAAGAGAUAAAGCCACAGAAGAACAUUCUCAGUGGUGGAAAGUAAUAGGUGAAAUUUGUGACAUGAUCAGAAAAAGAAAAAACUGAGAACCAAUGGAUGGGGUAAAUCUUCAUUCAAUUUCACACAGAAACGAAUUGAUAGUUUUAGUAAAACAUAAAUAAUUGGAAAUGGCUUAGCAAUGCUAUAUAGAAUUAAAUUGGCUCAAUAGAGUUUGCUCUGGAAAUGUAUUUUAGACAAUGUUGGCAUCAAACCAAAACGAAACCCACUGCCAUCGAGUCGGUUCCCACUCGUAUUAAAGUGUUUGUAUUUACAACACAGAGGACAUUUUGGGGUUCCAGUGUUUUUUAUUCUUAGAAGGAGCCUCAGAGAUCAGCUACUGCAUCCAGCAGCUUACUGAGAAAAAAACUGGAUUUAUUCAAGGUAAUCCAGAGAAUAAGGAGCAACUGUAACAAGCAUAACUCUAGGCCUGGGCUCCUUCCCCUACUAACAGAUCUUUGGUUAGUUUUGUGUAUGAAUAACAUGAUGAAUGGAAAAAUUCCUAGUACAGUGCCUGGCACAUAUAUUUAAAAAAAUAUAUUAGUUCCCAUUAAAUUCAACCCCCUACACUUCUCAGCUCCUAACAAGUGACAGAGUUGACUUUCACCCUCUUCUUGAUCCCAUCCCCAGACAAUGUGGAACAAGGAGCUUACAUGAUCUACAAAUUUAGGUAGCCAGUUUCCAAGUCCUGUGGCUGACAGUGAAUUCAGUAAGGGUGGCAGACCUCAGUUUUAUCUUCCGUGUUUUAGGAGUGGGCAGUGUACGUUGUAGUGAACGCUUGUGUCUAAAUAUUUACGUUCUAAAUUAAGCUUACUUUGCAAGCCCUAAUGGAGGUCCCUGGAUAGUACAAAUGGUUUGCACUUGACUACUAACCUAAAGGUUGGCAGUUUGAACCCACCAGUGGCUUGCUAAAGAAAGGCCUGGUGAUCUGCUUUUGUUAAGAGUAAAGCCAAGAAAACCCUAUGGAGCAGUUCUCCUUUGUAACACACGGGGUUGCCAUGAGUUGGAAUCGAUUGGAUGGCAACAUGUUUGAAUUUUGGUUUGGUCAUUUAAUGUUGUUUUCUGUUUCACUUUUUGGAAGGGGAAGAAGUAUAUGUGGUGGGAAUUUGGAGACUUUAUGAUAAAGCGGGGGAAGCAAUAGGAAUGAGAGUGGCCUCCAGCAUAGACACCAAGUGUUUGCUGGUAGAAUAGGGAUAAUGUAUGGCAUUAGCAGUAUAAAACCAGAUGCUGGGAAGAGGAUUUAGGAAAUGGUGGCAGUGGAGGGGGGGGGUAGGAGCAGAUUAAAAUAUAUUUUAUAGAGUUUAGUAACACGGGUGCUGUGUUUUUGAUUGCUACUUUUACGUUCUACUUUAAAAAUUCCAUCUAAACAAACCUCUUUCUCUCCAAGUAGAGAUUUAUUGUAGAAAAGUAUUCAACAUGUAGAUCAGAAUUAUGGCAAGGGAUCUGGAAACCUACACUUCUUGUUUCAGUGAGUAAAAAUAAGGCAGCUCUUAGGUCAUUCAUACAUUCAUUUGCCAGUUUUUAUUGUGUGCUUCCUAACAUGUGCCAGACGUGGUGCUAGGUUACAAAGUGCAGUGGCCUGUGGAAGAAGCUGGAAAGUCCUAGAAGACACAACAGUGCCUCUCUCUGAGCACUCUGGGGCUGCCUUUGUCCUUGUGAAAUUGAUAAUGUUUUUUCCUAUAAAUGUGACAGUUUUCCAGAUUCAUGCCACUGCUUUCCUUUUUUAAAUUAAACACUCGCUGGUGGUGUAGUGGUUAAGAGCUAUGGCUGCUAACCAAAAGGUCAGCGGUUCGAAUCCACCAGGCGCUCCUUGGAAACCCUGUGGGGCAGUUCUGCUGUCCUUUAGGGUUGCUAUUGGAACUGCUAUCAGAACUGACUCAACAGUAGUGGGUUUGAUUUUUUUUUUUUUAAUCUGCCUGCAGCUUCUUUCUAAUGAACCCUGAGAUUAGAGCACCUUCCAGUUUGGAAAUGUCAUGUAGUUAUGGAGAUGCUCACUCUACAGCAUGCCCUUCAACAUUCAUGCAUAAUUCAGUAAUUACCAUGUAAGAUUAUUACUGUUCUGCUAGUGGAGAUAUUAAAAUAUGACAUUUAAACGUAAAAAGCAAGUGUGAGCAUAAUUUAGACAUGGAGCUUUUCAACUUUUAAAACAGUUACAGAUUCACAGGAAGUCUCAAAGAUAGUAUAGAGAGGACUUGUGUACCCUUCACCCCGUUUCCCCCAUUGGUUUUAUCUUAUAUAACUAUUAGCACAAUAUCAAAAAUAGGAAAUUGAAAAAAAAAUUGACACGGGUAUAAAGCGUAUGCAGUUCAAUAGUUAUCACAUGGGUAGUAGAUGACUGUUACUGCCACCAGAAUCAAGAUACAGAACGAUUCUAUCACCACGGUGAUCUUUAUAGCCACACCCAUGCUCAUCCCCUCCACUAUCCCUAACCACUCCCCCAAUCAGAAAUCUGUUUUUCAUCUCUAUUAUUUUGUCAUUUGGAGACUAUCAUAUAAAUGGAACCACACAGUAUGUUAAGUUUUGAGUUUACCUUUUUUACUCAGUGUGAUGCCCUUGAGAUCCAGCCAAGUGGUUGCGUGUAUCAGUAGUCUGUUCCUUUGUAUUGUUGUAUCGUAUGGAUGUACCACAGUUUGUUUAACCAUUCACUACUUGUACUGUUAAAGCGUCUGUGAACAAUUGUGCACAGGCUUUUGUGUGGACAUACGUUUUCAUUUUUUUGAGAUAAAUGCCCAGGAGUGUUAUUGAUAGAUCGUAUGAUAAGUGCAUAUUUAGUUUAAGAAACUGACAAACUGUUUUUCACAGUGGCUGUACCAUUUUACAUGUCCCGCCAGUAAUGUAUUAGAGGUCCAGUUUCUCCACAUGCUUGCCAGCAUUUGAUAUUGUCACUGUUUUUAAUUUCAGCUCUUCCGAUAGAUGUGUAGUAAUAUUGUGCUCUUAAUUUGCAUUUCCCUAAUAGCUAGUGAUGUUGAACAUCUUUUCAUUUGCUUAUUUGCUAUUUAUAUGUCCUCUUCAGUAAAAUAUCUCAUGUCUUUUGCCUAUUUUCUAACUGAAUUGUUUGUUAAUUUUUUGGGGGGUAGAGUUUUGAGAGUUCUUUGUAAGUUCUAGAUAUGAAUCCCUUAUCAGAUAUGUGGUUUGCAAAUAUUUUCUCCCACUCUGUAGCUGUGUUUUCAUCCUCUUCACAUGGACUUUGCAGAGCAAAAGUUUUUAAUUUUAAUGAGGUCCAACUUACUGAUUUACUUCUUUUAUGGAUUAUGCUUCUGGUAUCAUCAUGUCUUAAGAACCCUUCACCAGUCACCAGGUCCUGAAGAUUUCUCUUUUGUUUUCUUCUAAAAGCUUUAUAAUUUUACUUUUUACAUUUAAAUUCAUGAUGCAUUUUGAGUUAAUUUUCAUAUGACGUGUGAGAUUUAGGACAAGUUUUUUUUUUUUUGCCUGUGUUUAUCUGGUUGCUCAAGCACCAUUUGUUUUAAAAAAAAAACUUAUUCUUCACUGAUUUGCUUUUUGCACUUCUGCCAAAAGUCAUUUGGCUGUACUUGAGUAGGUUGAUUUCUGGGUUCUCUGUUCUGUUCCAUUGAUCUAUGUGUUUAUCCCUCUGCCAAUACCACAUGAGAUUGAUUACUGAAGCUAUAUAAUAAGUCUUAAAAUUAGAGUGAUUCUUCCCACUUUAUUAUUUUUUUUAAUUGUUGUAGCUAUUUAACUUCCUUUGCCUUUCCGUAUAAAUUUUAUAAAAUCACAUCUGUAUCUACAAUAUAUCUUCCUGAUAUUUUGAUGGGAAUUGCAUUAAAACUGUUUAUCAGUUUUGGGAGAAUUGACAUCUUUACUAUGUUGAGUCUUCCAAUCCAUGAACAUGUUCUAUCUCCCCACUUAUUUAGGUCUUUGAUUUCUUUCAACAGUGUUUUAAAGUUUUCAUCAUGCAAGUUUUGUUAGAUAUAUAUAUGCAAGUAUUUAGUUUUUUUAGAAUAACAGCUUUAUUGACAUCAUUUUUUAAAGCAAUUGUGAAUGGUAUUGUAUGUUUAAUUUUGGUCUCCACAUAUUCAUUGCUCGUAUAUAGAAAUACAGUUGAUUUUUGUAUGUUAAUCUUGUUUUCUUUGACUUUUUUGAACCUGUUAUUGGUUAUAGGAGGUUUUUUUUUAAAAAAUUUUUUUUAUAGGCUCUUUAAGAUUAUCUCUGUAGACAAUCAUGUCAUCUGAAAAUAGAAACAGUUUUAUUCUUCCUUUCCUGUCUCUGUGCCUUUUAUUUCCUUUUCUUGCUUUAUUGAGUUGGCUAGAACUUCCAGUGUUGUGUUGAAUAGCAGUGGUGAGAGCAGACAUCCUUGCCUUGUUCCUGAUUUUAGAGGGAAAGCAUUCAGUCUUUCACUGUUAAGUAUGAUGUUAGCUGUUGUCAUGGAUUGAAUGUCCCCCCAAAAAUGUGUGUAUCAAUUUGGUUAGGCCAUGAUUCCCAGUAUUGUGUGGUUGUCCUCCAUUUUGUGAUUGUAAAAUUUUAUGUUGAGAGGAUUAGGGUGGGAUUGUAACACUACCCGUACUCAGGUCACCUCCCUGAUCCAAGGUAAAGGGAGUUUCCCUGGGUGUGGCCUGCACCACCUUUUAUCUCUCAAGAGAUAAAAGGAAAGGGAAGCAGGCAGAGAGCUGGGGACCUCAUACCACCAAGAAAGCAGCACCAGGAGCAGAGUGUCUCCUUUGCACAUGGGGUCCCUGCGCCUGAGAAGCUCCUGGACCAGGGGUAGCCUUCCUCCAAAGCCCACAGAGAGGGAAAGCCUUUCCCUGGAGCCGACACCCUGAAUUUGGACUUGUAACCUGCUAGACUGUGUCCUCAUGACUUCUCUUGCGGACCAUGUCCAUAAUCCUUUUUGCAUGUGUGGUACGGGUGAGGGAUGGACUGCCCCUCUCGGCCUCCACUGACUUUUACCACACCCAGGACUUUGUGGAAUGCAGGAGACAGCUCAAGACAUUAGCCUUGCGACUGGCCCAGUACCCAGGUCGAGGUUCUGCAGAAGGACGUGGCCUCAACAUACAUUUUUCUUCUUCAGGGGAUGUGGCCUGCAUGGCUAUCUGCUCCCGCCGGUGUUCAGCAGCCAUGGCCUUCUGCUUCCUGGAGACCCUGUGGUGGGAAUUCACAGCUUCCUAUGACACCACCUGCAUUGGCUUAGCCUCCAGGCCAUACGCCUUUCUCGAAUUUGACAGCGUCAUACAGAAAGUGAAGUGGCACUUUAACUAUGUAAAAUCCUCACAGAUGGAGAGCAACUUGGAAAAAAUUCAGGAGGAACUUGAGUUCCAGCCGCCUGUGGCCCUCACGCUGGAGGACACAGAUGUGGCAAAUGGGAUGAUGAACGGUCACACACAGGUGCAUCUGGAGCCUGCUCCCAAUUUCCGAAUGGAACCAGUGACAGCCCUGGGCGUCCUCUCCCUAAUUCUCAACAUCAUGUGUGCUGCCCUGAACCUCAUUCGUGGAAUUCACCUUGCAGAACAUUCUUUGCAGGUUGCCCAGGAGGAAAUUGGAAACAUUGUCGCUUUUCUUAUUCCUUUUGUAGCCUGCAUUUUCCAGUGUUAUUUGUACCUGUUCUACAGUCCAGCCAGGACUGUGAAGGUGGUGCUGAUGCUGCUCUUUAUUUGCCUGGGCAACAUGUACCUGCACGGGCUGAGGAACCUUUGGCAAAUCCUUUUCCACAUAGGAGUGGCUUUUCUGUCUUCGCAUCAGAUACUGACAAGGCAGCUGCAAGAGAAGCAGUCUGACUGUGGAGUGUGACGAUGAUGCCACUGUGGGAGGAACGGAUCCUUGGAUUUUCUUUUGAGGAUCAAUCUGUUUCCCUUCCUGCUUCUCAACUUCACCUCACGUUUCCAUCCUUGAAGCACCACUCAACCAGGCUGGACUAACAAGUCGAGGAUUUGGGCAUUUUCACAGGUGCGGUUGAAGGCAUGAGGAGGCCCCUCUAUGCCAGCCCUUGUUUUGUGCUGAGUGUCCUGCAGGGUCCCUGGCUCAGCACCUGACUUAGGACAGCAGGACCUGGGGCCCUUCAGAAAGAGCAUCACUGGGAGAUCAGAAUGGGAUGGUUUUGGUCUUUUAGAUUGAAUGAUGCAAUAAACCACUAGAUUCAAUUCCGCUAGUUUUGGUAAUGGGCAAUUGUCCCCCGGGAAUCACUUUAAAAUCCACAGCAGCUUUUAAGUCUAAAUGUGGCUUGUUAGUUUGUUUAAGAGGGUUGGCGCAGGGUGACUUAAAAACUUAAAAAUAUAAGCUAGGUAAAUAUUGUUGAUAUUUUUUGAUAACUUAGGUCUAAUGUGAUAUCAUUGGAAUAUUUAAAUAUAUUUUGGAUAUACAUGGAACUUUAUCUUCAUUAAGGUAAAAACAAACUUAAGCUGAGAAAAUGGUUAAGAAAGCUGAGUUUAGUUAAUUUAUAUACAGCCUUUUAUGGUGGUGAGAAUGUGCACUAAAGAUAGUGGGUACAGAAACGUUGGAUAUUUAUUUGCGGGGCGUGUCUGAAAUUUUUAAAAAUUAAUUGAGUAACCAGUACUACAGGGGUCAUAAAUUUAUAAGCAUGAGCAGAAAUGAGAGUUUCAGGAUUCCUUGCAAUUGGCCACAAACUGGAGUUAAUCAAUGGCAUGGAUUCAUUAGCACAUUCUAUAGACUCAGACAGGCAGCUAAUACCAGCCUUUUAAAUAGCAACCAAGUGUCUGCUGUUUUAAUGAUGAUGAAUACUUGAGCGCAGUACUCGUACACAGAAACCAAACCAAGCCAAACCUGUUGUCGUCAAGUCUAUUCCAACUCAUAGUGACCCAAUAGGACGGAGUAUACCUGCCCCACAGAGUUUCCAAGGCUGUAAUCUUUGUGGCUGUAAUCUUUUUCCCAUGGAGUGGUUGGUGGGUUCGAACCACCAACCUUUCGGUUAGCAGCCUGAGCUCUUAACCACUGUGCCACCAGUGGUACCCCUGUACACAUAAAAAAACACAUAGAGCCUCCCAAAUUAAUUAUUCCUCUACCCCUAAUCUUUCUUAAUAAUCUUAAUUAGAUCAAGGGCUUUUUAUGAGCAAGCAGUAAGUUGGUAUUAACUAUUCUUUUUAGCGUUAUAACAAUAUUUUUGACCCUGUGCUCCAGAAAGUUACUCUUCUUUCUUCUGUUGUUAAAAAAUUAAUUGAUCAUCACCCUUCAAAACAUGAACCUGAGACCCCUUAGGUCUCCAGAAAUUUCACGCUGGGUUGCCUGGUACUCAGGAGGCCAUUUAAAGAGUUCCCCCUUUGGAUUGUUCUUGAUGGAAGUCUGGAACCUGAAUAGCUCAACCAUUGUUGCGUGGAAUAUUCUGGGUUGAAUUAUGUGGUCUUGAUAAUAACACAUUCUAUUUUGAUAGUUUUUAAAAGUUGAAAAUCAUUGUCAGAAUUAUGGAGUAGGUGUGGAAAGCAAGAUUGUAGCUUUAGGGAAUUCAGUUGUACUUGGUCGUUACUGGUGGUGUAUUGUUCUUGAGCUACCGUGGUGUUACUUUAAGAAAAACAAGUGUAUGUGCCUGGGAACUGUGUUGGGGAACUGUUGCCAUAGUAAUUUUAUUUUCUUAUAAAUGGAAUUUUCUAUUUUUAAUCACGCAUGAAGUAUCUGGAUAUGAAAAUUAUAUUGGCAGUAUCCUCAGAUGUAAAUAUCAGAGCUGUCUCUCCAUUGAGUUUGCAUUUGUAUAAUUUUCUGCAGCAGGUUGAAUUUGAAGUCUUUCUGGGAAAUAAUUUUGAAGAGGUAGUAAGUUAGAAUGAGAAGCCAAGGAGGGAGGAAAAAGCUUUUUAAGUUGGCAGCACACGUACACACAAAAACAAAACAAAGCACUUUAAAAAGCUUUAUCAGAACAGCUCCAAAAUGGGUUGUUUUCAAGCCCCUGUGGUAUUGGUUUUGCUGGGUGCCCAUGUAGGCCCAGAUGCUCUGGAGCCUGAGCCUACGAUCCACACUCAGCAAGCGGUAAAGAACAGGACUUGAAGACCGAUGCCUCCUGCUGAAUUCUUCCUGCCCACGAGGAGGUGUUACCCACAUUUGACUGAAUGUGAUCUUAAUCAGUUAACAUCUAAGUGGGGUUUGAGAUUCACUUUUGUAAAAGGGAAAAUAUGCACUAGAAAAACAGUACAGAACGAUGACUGCAAACACAUCGUUUAACCGAAGUCCAGCUACGAAGAAGCCUCAGCUAACUAGAAGAAGCAGCUGAAGAUAGGGAAUACAUUUUGGAGAUUUCUUCCACGGGAAAUUCCAGGCUCAGGGUUGACUUGGUCUAGGCUUGGAGGUUUGUAGUUCCUUCUGUGAUCCUUGAUGUUGGAAAGUUGGCUCCGAAUCUCUGGACUUACCCUUGCUGCACCAUGGACUUCUUGCUGUUCUAGCACCUCUGCUUUCCCAGUGGUUAAGUACUACCUGCCCAACUGACCUCACAGGGCUAGACCUGGGAGUAGAAGGAAUAAUGUUGGGAAAAAAAGCUUAAAAGUGCCUUCUGGUAUCAGAUGCUGCAAGAUCAUUGAGCAUCUGAAUGUUUUGUCCAUCAAAGUGGAACGGGGCUAUGGCUCAGUGCCCUUGGGCAGGCUUUCCCAACCAGGGGCCAAAGCCCAAAGGGUUUCCCCUUCCCCAGGUCCCCUCAUGAAGAGACCAUGUAGAACCUGGCCUUCUCUUCCCUAAGCUAGCUUACUGUGACGAGGACCAUUCCUGGGUAGAGCCUGCUGGGGUACAUUGGGAGUGGUAUUCCCUGUCGUGCUAGCGCCUCACUGCCUGCAGAGGGAGGUAUGUGCCUGGUUUUACUUCUGGGAUUCGUACCUCUGUUACUUGUGAACUCUGCUCACAUGCAUCGUGAACCAAAGUCCAACGUCUUAAAGUUCUUUAAGAGGUGGGAAAAGGCUAUCUGGAGGAGUGCUGAACUGAAAAUAUUUAACCAUCGUUUCUCAACCUCGCUGAGCCCCUCUGUUCCUUCCUAGGUGCCCCUGCUCCUCAGGUCUUCUCUGCCUCUCCUCCUCUUCCACACACUCCAGCCCUGGGGACAGAGGCUGAAACUGGAAUCUGGGGAGACUGUAAAGCCACCCUGUAGUUGACAGGGUGGGUACAGGAGCUCCAGAGGGGGAGCAGAUUGCACUGAGCCCCCAGUGCGUACCUGUCAGUUGGGUCUAGGGGGGAGCAGCACUUUGGUUGCCAGCACUGCUCAGAAUCACAGAUGACAGCUAGCAGCAAGGCUAGCUUGUGGGGCCCAGAAAGUAGGUGCAGAGCUGGCGUUCUCUGGCUGCUAGAAGACAGAGCUGCUCCUUGGCUCUUGGGGCUACAUGCCAAACCUUUAGCCAGGGCUGCUGUUUGCGGUUCCUCGAAGGAGUCGCCACUCAUUGUAAUGUGCAGAACAGGUGGCCUUCAGAGAACCUGCUGUUUGCACAGGGCAGUGCAAGUGAGGCCACGCAGGGAUGGGGGUGUUUGCGGCGACCAGCUGUGCCCAGUAAACGCCCCCUGACAUUCCUCACAUUCCACAUGUUCCUACACAGAGCCCUGCAUGGAUGCAGGGAAGCUCUGCCUGUGUGCUCUCUGUGUUGAUAAUGGCAGAAGGAGAGACAGGAGAUGUGCUCUUGAGCCAUGAGGCAGGAAGGGGUCACGGGUCAGGCGGUCAGAAGACCUGGAGAUAGGCUUGGCUCCUUCACGAAGUCCUGCAUGACAGUGGUCAGGGUCACUGCCCCUCUGGCCUCAGUGUCCUCACGUGGAAAAUAUGGUAAUAAAACCUACCUGCCCCCUGGCAGGCUGCCCUGAAGAUCAGAAGCAGGGGAAGUGCAGGGUGUGUCCAUUCAUUGUUCGCAGGAGGAGAAACGUGAGGUUCUUCAGCAUGCUUCAGGCAGCACGGCUGUGUCUUCUGGCCUUUUAAAAACAAGUAUUUUAUGAUGAUGUUGUUGUUUUUGAAAAGGAGCCCUGGGUGGCUGCUAAGGAAAGGUCGGUGGUUCGAACACACCAGCCAUUCUGCAGUCGAAAGAUGUGGCAGUCUGCUUCCAUAAAGAUGACAGCCUUGGAAACCCUGUGGGGCAGUUCUCUGUCUUACAGGGUCACUAUGAAUCAAAAUCAAGUCGAUGGCAAUGGGUUUGGGUUUUGUUGUUGAAUGCCAUUGAGUCGAUUCUGACUCAUAGCGACCCCACGUGACAGUAGAAUUGCCCGUAGGGUCUGCGCCAGGCUCCAGGAGGCACGUUCUCCUGGUAGGACAAACGUCAUGGUUCUUCACUGACCAAAAUGAGAUCUCUGAUUGUCCCAUUGGGGAGCAGUGAUGUCAAACUUCUGUUGCUGGGGAAACCUCAUUGGCAGGGAGCCCGUGGAGAACGGCUCAUCGGUAAAAUCUAGUCCUGGGCAGAUGUGGAAACAUCUGCCGUGUGUAUCGGUGGCAGAGCUGUUGCCCACAAAUGCCUUGUAUUUCAGGCAAACUGAUCGAAUCCUUCCUGUUCCUUCAACCUGUGCUUGGUCCAUAUGACCUUCUUUAACCCAUAUAUUUAUAUGGUUCGAGGGUUGGUUUAGAAAUAUUUAGUAAGUUAUUCAUCUGAGUUGAUUUUGUUUAGAGUUCUAUUUUGUUUAGAGGACUUUUCUACUAAGAGCAAAAAAGAUUGAGGCUGAUUUAGCCAGUGUCAGUCCACUCAUUCCAUGUAUUCAUUUUGAGUGCUUGCUGUCCCAGUUACACAUACUUAUUUUUUCAUGUUAUAAGAAAGAUCUAUUUUGAGGAGAUGGUGGUACGUUUUAAUAAACUUUCACACAGUAGUAAAACCUAAACUUGUGUUAAUGUGUGUAAAGAAUGUCGUGUAGCUGUUUAUAUACUAUGUAUAUAUAAGUUGAAUGAGGUGGCUUCAGAAGUGGGGGGAAGAAUAAACCUGAGGUGUUUAUUAACAUGUGUGUUUGUGCUUGUGUGAAAAAUUCUGAGUUGCAGGCCCCUUUCCCUAGACAAUGUGAUGUGGGCCUGGCAUGCUGGAGGUCGAGGUGCCAAGACAAUGAAAUUCAAGUGCUCUUGUCCAGUGAAGUCAAGUUAAGUGCAAGGGCUCAAAUAUUCUCUAGCAAACAACUCUCAGAUUCUGGAAUGCAAUCAAGGGUCCUGGAAAGACCUUGGAAAAGUCAAAAUGGCAGUCCCAUUGCUUCCCUGGGUGCAGGGAGGCCUGCCUUCUCUUCCAGGUUCUGCUCCUGACCCACUGCUUGCCCCUGGGCAGGCAUCUUCCCUGUGCCAGGUUCUGGACUCCUGUCUGUACUGUGAGGGUGAUGAAACUUUCAUCUCCCAGGACCAGCCUGGUCAUGGAAUGGCCACCAGGAGGCGCAGCUGCCAGUCACAUCAUCGGGUUCCCAGCCCAGGGGACUGCACCCCUUUGCAGAGGCUGUUCCUGCAGCAGCUGAUCAAAUUCCCAGAAAGGAAACAAACAUAGCAGCCUCCUGACCACCUCGAACACAUCGGGGAACGCGCUCUCCAAGCUUCUCUACGCCAUCUGUCCCGAGUCAGAAAUCUUUUGGAGGAAGGCAGAGGCUUCCAAAAUAAACAUCCGAGUUAUUAGGUUCUGGGAUUUGGGAGUUGACAGAGCCUUCAGAGAGCAUCUGGUUCAGCCUCCUUAUUGCUCAGGUGGGGAAACUGAGGCCUGUGCCAGGAGCCAGUGACAGUAUAGUCCAGAGCUCUGUUGCCUGGGCUGGGUACAAGGAGUUAUCCACCACUGGGCAGUACCCACAAAGAGUGAAGGGGGUCCUUGGCUCAUGAAGGCUGUCCUUUCUAUGCCAGGAGAACUGAGGGAGAAGUUCAGGCUGAUGAAUUGCCUUCUCUUUUUCUGAGCCUUACCCGCUGAAGGGGGUCCCUACGUGAUGCAGAUGGUUAAGUGCUGAACUAUUAACUGAAAGUUCGGCAGUGGGAACUUACCCAGAGUCACCUGGGAAAAAGGGUCUGACGAUCUACUUCUGAAAGGUCAUAGCCUUGAACACCCUCUGGGGCACAGUUCUACUCUGUAACACAUGAGAUCUCCAUGAGACGGAAUCAACUCAAAGGCAACUGGAACUGCAGCCCCCUGAAGGGGCCCAGGUAGCAGAAGUGCUACCUGACCACAGCCAAGCGUCUUCUCGCAGUGCCGGUGGAGGGGCCAGAGAGGAAGGCGCCAUCAGAGUGCAGCUGCCUGGGAGGCGCUGCCUGGCUCUGCUGAGAUGGCUCUGAGACGGCUCCCAGAUGUCACUGGAUCAAAUGAGGGAGGCAAACACUAUAAAGUUUAUCCAAGAACAUGAAGGAGAAUACCUUUGUGACCUAAGGGUGGAAAAAUGCUUUUUAAACAAAACAAACACAAAAACAGCACGAGCAUAACCCUUAAGGCAUAAUGAUUGAUUAAUUUGAAUAUAUGCAAAUAAGGAUUUCAUGGGUAAAGUUAAAAGAAUGGGGAAAGUUAUUUGCCAUGUCUGAAACCAAGGGAUUAAUAUACAAGCAAUUCCUGCAAAUCACCAAGAAAGCAAUUCCCGUAGAAAAAUGAGCGGGCAAUUUACAGAAGAGAAACCCCCAAAAGCUUGUAAGCAUAUGAAGAUACUUAAAAUCAUGAGAAAGGCAUACUAAAACAGUAGUAAGAUGUCACCUUAUCUAUUCAUUUGGCAAAACUUAGCUGAUGACACUGUCGGAGGAUAAGCGGGGACACAGGACCUUGCUCACUGCUGGGAGAGUAUAGACAGGCACCGCCAAUCUGGAGCACAACGCUCCCUACCCAUAUUAAGUGUGUGCACACCUUAAUGAUGCAGAAAUUCACUCCUGGGCAUGAGUCCCAGGGAGAUUCUUUACACGCAUGAAGAUAGACAUCCCCUGAAACAUUCUUUGUGUUGGUGGAGAGCUGAAGGCAGCCUGUGUGUCCAGUGGGGACAGAUACAGUAAGCACACUCACCCUGCAGCACAAUGCAGCAGGCAGGAGACCCUGAUUUAGAACAUAGAUAGAUCUUCAAAGCAUAGAGCUGAGAGAGAAACAUUUAUAUGAUGAAAAAUAUAUGGACACAAAAUAAUAAAAUAUUUUGCAAGAAUGGUUUCUGUCUUAGUUCUCUAGUGCUGCUAUAACAGAAAUACCACAAAUGGAUGGCUUUUACAAACAGAAAUUUAUUCUCUCAUGGUUUAGGAGGCUAGAGGUCUGAUUUCAGGGUGCCAGCUCCAGGGGAAGCCUCCCUCUCUGUUGGCUCUGGGAAAAAGUCCUUGUCAUCAAUCUUCCCCCUGGUCUAGGAGUGUCUCAGCACAGGGACCCAAGGUCCAAAGGAUGCGCACUCCUGGCCCUUCUUGCUUGAUGGUAAUGAGGUCCCCCUGUCUCUCUGAUCACUUCUCUCUCUUAUAUCUUGAGAUUGACUCAAAAUACAAUCUAAUCGUGUAGACUGAGCCCUGCCUCAUUAACGUAACUGCCUCUAAUCCUGCCUCAUUAACAUCACAGAGGUAGGAUUUUGAAACACUCAGGAUAAUCACACCUGAUGACAAAAUGGUGGACAGUCACACAAUGCUGGGAAUCAUGGCCUAGCCAAGUUGACAGACACUUUUGGGGGACACAAUUCAAUCCAGAACAGUUUCCUACUAGGGGCCAGGGGGUGCAGGGAUAAUAAAAUUGGUUGCCGUCGAGCGAGUCCGACUCAUGGCAUCCCCACCUAUGUCCGAGUAGAAUAGAACUGUGCUCCUUAAGGUUUUUUUUUUUUUU